CUGAACAUAGUGCCCUAUAACCCACCCGCGUUUUAAUACAUAUAAAACAAAGACACAGAAAGCGAGUUAUAUUGUUAAAUUCAAGAUGCAGUCAUCGUGUAACACCUGUUCUUGUUCGUUUUAGCAUAACACCUCUUUUAUCUGCUUUUUUUUUCAGUCGUAUUUUUACCCACGUGCAGGUUACUGCAGUUACUUGACACGCAUGAUUUAACUGUGAGUACAUUUUUCAGAUAACAUAGUAAAGCGAGUAGAUGCAUUGGAGGGCGCUAUGACAUUUUACUGUCACAAUAUUCACAAGGAAGAAGAAGAGGGGCGAGAGGAUACAACCAAAUAUGGACACAAAGCCGGUGUUUUGCCACUUUGCUAGUCUAAGAAGUGAGAGCGAGAUCAGUGUGUGCAAAAUACAACAAGUUAACCGACUGUUACAAGAUAACAGAUACGCUGUUGCUCUUAAUCUUCUACCAAAAUAACAUCCAGCAGAGUUAACACAACUUUACUGGUGCUCUUUGUUACUGUUAGCAGAGCUACGAGCUAAGUUGUAGAAGAUAAGAGAGAGAGAGAGGGGAAGGGCAAGGUUAACCAAACAGGGACUCGGAAAAUAUAACAGUCGAGUGCCCACAGAUGCCACCUCCUCCUCCUCCACCACCUGCUCCAUGCCACCCACCUCCGCCUCCGAGCUCUGCACCAAAGAAGAAGCUGUAUCAGACUAUAGCCAGCAGCAGGAGUGCUGUGGAAGGGGAUCACACAGAGGCAUGUAUGCUGCUCAGUCAGAGAGAGAGCAGCUUUAGGAAGGACCUGCAGUGGAUACUGGUGAACACAUAUGUUCCUUCUCUAAUUCAAGAUGGCCCACAGUGUGGUCUGGUGGCUUUGUGGAUGGCUGCUCAUCUUCGGCGACCGCAGCUCAGCGUUGAUAUGGAAACUGUGGUUCAGACGGCACGGAACAGGGGAUACACAGCUCAAGGGGAAAUGUUUUCAGCUGAAAACAUGGCCCUGCUGGCGGAGGAGGUUUGUAACUGCAGGGCUGAACUUCUCUCAGGGGGUUUGACCGGUAACAAUGCUGCCGCCAUCAUCACUCACCUGUGGGGAAAACAACCCGUUCUCAUCCCGUAUGAUGAGGACUACAACCACGAGCCGUGUCAGCGUAGCGGCCACAGGGCCCACUGGGCGGUCGUUUCUGGUGUUCUCCUUGGUGUAGACCAGUGCAGUGUGAACAAAGAAGACUCUCAGCCUCAUCCCACUCUGCCUUGGCUUUUCCUCGCCACUGACGGCAGCCCACCUUGCCCCGUUGGCAGCGCGGCCGUCAAAGAGGUUUACAUCCUGGCUAAGCAGGGUAAAAGCCUGCGCUACCAGCUGUGGGAUUUGGACAGCGUGGCUCAGAGCAACCAGCAGCUGAGGACGAUGGGCCCACAGAGGGCUGAUGAUGGGACCCAGUACGUGGUUCCUCCAGGAGGGGUGGAAGCCGGGCUGGCUGGACAGGCUGUGCUGCUCCACACAAGGACGCUGGGGAAUGAAUGAAUGUAGCGCUGCUUACGAAGCAUGACAGUGAACUCCUAUGGUGCAAUGUAGCCCAUUUAAACUGUAUGUGCUUUGUGGAGUUUAAAGGAUAGGUCACUCAUCAACACAGACAGCGAUCAGCUAGAACACUAAGACCACCUGCCCAAUAUUGUGUAGAUCACACGUUUGCAGACUGAACACCCCUAAUCCAUCGAGGCAUGGACUCCACUUGACUUCUGAUGUGGUGUGCUGUCACAUCUGGCUCCAAGACACUGGCAGCAGAUCCUUUAAGUUGGUCGGGGCCUCCAUGGAUCGGUCUUGUUGGACCAGUGCAUGCCGCAGGUGGUCGAUUGGAUAUUAACGACAAUUAAAUCCUUCCACUUACCUUCUUUUCCUCCUAAUGUGACAAAAUGUUUGCAUGCUACAUAAUAUAUUCCACCCACUAUCAGAUGACAUAGUGAUGACAAGAAGAUGAUCAGCACCAUUAUCUUCACCUGUCAUCAGUGGUCAUAAUGUUAUGGUUGACUAGGUGUUCAAAAACAAAUGUUUUAUUUAAUAUUCCAUUUUUAGGAAUUACAUUUUUUAAAGUGUUUCAAUACGACAUUUUGUGUAGUUUUAUUUAAACAACAACAACAAAAACAAACACGAUUUUUCUGCUUAAGUCUGAAAAACUAUUUAUACAAUAAAUUCUUGUCUUAAUGUUUUGUUGUAUUUCACUGCCUGUGAGAUUAGAAGAGACAAAAAAAAAAAACUCAAACUCUGAAGACUCUUAUUUUCAGUUUAUUGCAAUCCACGACCUUCUCCACAAAGCAGGGAUUUAUUAACAAUUUCCACCAGUUUGCGUUUUAUCACAGUAAAACACGCCGACUCAAAAAUACAAAAUGUGGUUACCCAUCCAGUUUUUGUGCUCGUAAAGCAGCACCCAGUUAGAAGACCUGAUAGUUUGACAACAAGAGAAUCUGUGGAUUAUAAUACUUUGUAAACACUAUUUUAUUCCUGUGUCCUGGUAUGUUUUGCUCUGCAGAGAUGAGAAGAAAAUCCUAAAUUUAAAUCCCAAUUUCAUGAAGUGCAGCACUCAUGGAGGAACUGUGUGUGCUGAGUGAACCAGCCUAUGCCCACCUCAAACAGUGUUGCAUGACACUGUCAAAGGACAUCUGGAAGACUGAACACUGUUAAUGUUCACCAACCUGCUGCAUUCCAGUCAAGGAAUGACAGAUAUGCUCACGAACAAGCGCCGCCUCGAUAUCUAAAUACGACUGUGCCGUUUUCUUUGUAAACUCAGUGUUGCAUACAAAAACUUCAAAGCUCAGGUUUAGUGUAGCCAAAUGAGGUUUACAGCAAUUAACCUUUAAAUCGUUAAGUCACAUUCAGGUUUUCCAGUUUCAGGAUCACGCGUAAAAACUCGCAGAAGUCUAAACGGACCGAUCAGUUUUAAUCAGGCAAUUCCAGUUUCAGUUUAGCCUUCAAGCCACUGCUCUGCUGUAAAACUCGCCCGAGCUGCACGGAUCAGAGAGACGCGAGCAUUUCACAUUGAACUGUAAACCCAGGACUACGCCGCUGCUUCCUGUCUUAAGACCCACAGAGGCACCGCUCGUUUUGUUCAAUGGCUUUGUGAGGAUCCAUAGUGCAACAUAUUCCAGACAAACAUGGCUCCCAAGCUGCGUACUGUACAGUCAAAUGAGAAAAAUAACAAACACUUCACUGCAUUAUCAUACAAAACCCUAAUUAAGAAAACACUUUGGAGAUUCUACUAGAAGUCAAAACUUUGGGAUUAAGUGUAAAUCGUUUUGUACUUGGGUGAACUCUUUGGAGAGAAAGGUAGCAGGAGUCCACUUCACUGGAAUGAUCAAACAGCUCUGUGUGUAAAAUGCUAGGCACGGAAAUUGUACAAACAAGGUAAGGAGGUUAUACCAAGGCCAAAAAAAAUAUAAUAAUUAAAUUAAGACUGUAUUUACACACUGAGUUAGUUAACACGUGGUCAGACCAGUGUUUUUUUUUUUUUUUUAGUGUUGUGUUAUAACA